AUGCCCAUCAAUCAGGAAGUUUCUACACAAAACAAUGAUGGUAAUAAUUUGAAUAGUGAUGACUUGAACUCCCAAGAAGUUGUAGUUGAACCGGAAUCGCAAAAUGAAAAUAAUGAUCCAAUAAAUCAGAGGACAGGGGCUGAAUUACCUUCCUUACAGUCGAACUCUGCGGCUCCAGUGACUCAAGAAAAGACUCCGGCCCUCGCAAGAAAUUUCUUAAACAAGUUACGGGCUGCCUCGUAUCAUACUGCUUCAGAUGCUCCUCAGAACCAAACAAACACUGGAACAAAUGCAAAUUUUGAAACUUUUUAUGAAGCUUCACAAGAUGUAGAUCAGGAACAGCAGAAUUCACAGCAACGAUCGACUUUUUUAGCUCCCCCGAGAACAGAUGUUGAUGAUUCAGCUAAUCCUAACCGGGCUAAAAAGCUCGGGGCUCGAAAAAUGUGGAUGCAAUUGAUGGCAUCUGUCCGAAAGUUGAAAAAAGAAUCCGAAAAAGGCAACAAAGAGGCUCCUGACGUAUCUGUUCCAGAUAUCUUUUUAGCCGGUGCACCGUCAACUUUAUUGAUUGCAAAGCAUUUCAUUCACGAUCGUUCUAGCAAUCAUGUUUUACCAGUACUUACGGGUUACUUACAUGUUUCAGUUGUUGAUGUCGAGCCGAAACACAACCGGAUCCAAAGUACAAUUACUAUGCAGGUGGAAUAUGGUUCUGGUCAAAAUGCAAUUCGCUGGAGGAUUUAUCGCCAACUUCGUGAUUUCAUUAAUCUGCAUUCUCAUUUCCUUGUAUUUGAAUUUCAACAUCAUUUCUAUGGUAAGCGCAUGAAGCUUCCCAAGUUUCCCAAAGAAGUAUUGCCUUACCUGGUAAAACUUCGAGGCUAUAAUAGGGCUACUUCUGGUAACCCAGACGAUCCGCUCAUUGACGAGACUCAAAGCUUAUCCAGUUUGUCAAUAGAAUCGCAAUCCGCCGAGAUUCUGCAACAAAACGAAAAUCGAGGUCACAGUAAUGUCAAGAAAAAAGUAGCGAACUUUUGGACUAUCCAGGGUAACACACUCGGAAAAUAUUUACAGGAAAUGAUUAACUGUCUUCAAUUUUUUCCGGAGGUUAAUGUUUUAUACGCAUUUCUGGAAAUGAGUAAUAUGGGACUGCGUUUGGCCGGCUCGGGAAGAUUCCAUGGUAAAGAAGGUUACGCUACUGUGAGAAAAAAUUAUUCUGCCUCACAAAGUAUACUUUGUUGCUCUGGACCUUCGGUCCGUUCCCGUUUACACCCCUUUUGGAUCAUUGUCUCUGAAAGCUCUAUUAUAUUUUGCGAUAGCAUGUAUUCUUUUGAACCUAUGGACGUGUUCAUUUGGGACGUUGAUUUUGAAAUCACUAGGAAAAAAUUUAGAAAGUCUCACCCAAAAGAUACACAAGAAAAAAUUCGAGUUUCACAUCACACCUUUAAAAUAAAAAAUAAACAAAAAGUUAUUAAACUUUCUGUUCGCAGCGGCCGUUGGUUACAACAGUUUAUUAAUAGUGUUCAAGUUGCUCAAGGUUUGACUUCCUGGUGCGAGCUCCAUCGUUUUGACAGUUAUGCUCCUGUUAGAACAAAUGUUGCUGUUCAGUGGAUGGUGGAUGCUCGUGAUCACAUGUGGAACGUUAGUCGGGCAUUUAAAAAUGCUAAACAUACAAUUAUGAUACAUGGAUGGUGGCUAACACCAGAAUUGCAAAUGCGAAGACCAUAUAGCCUUGCCGAUAAAUGGCGAAUUGAUCAUUUACUUCAGGAAAAAGCUAGACAAGGUGUAAGGGUCUACAUUAUGGUUUACAGGAAUAUUGAUGCUACCAUUCCUAUUGAUUCAUUUCAUACAAAAAGUUAUCUUCAAUCAUUACAUCCAAACAUUUUCGUCAUUCGUUCACCAUCUCAUUUCCGGCAAAAUGCACUUUUUUGGGCACAUCAUGAAAAGUUAGUGAUAGUAGAUGAUGCCAUCGCUUUUAUAGGUGGAAUUGAUCUUUGUUUUGGUCGGUUUGAUACAUCCCAGCACAUCCUUUAUGAUGACAAAUUGGUUAACCCUCCGGAUAAGAAUGUUUGUAAUGAGCAAUCUUGGAAAGGAAAAGAUUAUUCUAAUCCACGUGUACAUGACUUUUUCGAUUUGACGCAGCCGCACAAAGAUAUGUAUGAUCGAACAGUGAUACCCCGAAUGGGUUGGCACGAUGUCUCCAUGUCAAUUCUAGGACAACCUGCUAGGGAUGCAGCCAGGCACUUCGUUCAGAGAUGGAACUACUUGUUAGAGUGUAAAAGACCCGCUAGGAAGAUCCCCACCUUAAUUCCUCCAGUUGAUUUCACGAAUGAGCAGCUUAUAGAAAAGCAACUGACCGGAACGUGUGAAGUUCAACUUUUAAGAUCUGCUGGUCUGUGGUCGUUAGGUUUGGCGGAUUCUGUCGAGCAGAGUAUACACAAUGCUUACGUUAAAUGCAUUGAAAAAAGUGAACAUUUUAUUUACGUAGAAAAUCAGUUCUUUAUAACGUCUACUAUUAGCGAUGGUACUCUUAUUGAAAAUCGUGUUGGUGAUGCUUUGGUUGAAAGGAUCAUUAGAGCAUACAAUAACAAUGAGAGAUGGAAAGGUGUGAUAAUAAUUCCUUUACUUCCCGGGUUCCAGGGUCAGAUCGAUAUGCAAGAAGGAAGCAGCCUUCGCUUAAUUGUGGAUUGCCAAUACAAAAGUAUCUGCAGAGGAGAAAACUCAAUAUUUGGUCGACUUAAGGCAAGGGGGAUUGAUGGCACAAAGUACCUGAAGUUUUAUGGCCUUCGAGGCUGGGCACACGUAGGGCCAGAGCAUGAACUAUCCACCGAUCUUAUAUAUGUGCAUGCCAAAAUCAUGAUUGCUGAUGAUCGGGUUGCUGUCAUUGGGUCCGCAAACAUUAAUGAACGUUCCCUUUUAGGAAAUCGUGAUUCCGAGAUUGCCGGUAUAGUCCGAGACACUUUAACAAUCGAUUCCAAAAUGAAUGGAAAACCUUACAAAGUGGGCAAAUUUGCUCACUCAUUACGUAUCCGGUUGAUGCGAGAGCAUUUGGGAAUUGAGACUGAUAUAACAGAACAACGUGAAUACAAUAUGGACGGUCUUGAUCGGCAGUCGGAAUGGAAACGGGUGGACGCCUGGAAUCCUGAUGAGGAUGAGCAUGUUAGUGGUUCCACAUUUGACGCUGACGAGCUUAACCUUCACUACCGUUCCGAUAAAAAGUUUGGUAAUGUUCCUCCCGAAAAGUUGGCAAAAUGUCAUAAGCAAAUGGAAGAUUUUGAUCAGCGUGUUAGACUUUUUCCAAAACACAAUGUUUUACCCAAUGACACAUCUUACGAAAAGAGGUUUGAAGAAGAACAUUAUAAGAACCUCAAAAAGGGACCAACUUUAACAGCUAAUGCCUUAGUAGGAGGAAUUCCUUCUUAUCUCAAUAAUGAUGAUGGCAGUCUUCAUGAACUCUCAAAAUUUCCUGAAUUUGGUGAAGAUCAAAGACCAAUGAUACGAAAAGAUCCUCACAGCAAGGUUGCUGAGCCUUCCAGACCACAUUGCGGUAAUGGUCUUGCGUUUUUUGAUGAUAUUCCAUUGCUUGAGGUGAAUCCUUUGACGAAUGAAGAAAUUCCGAAAUUUGAUGCUUCGAGUUUCGAAGAUCCGGUUUCUGAAGAUUUUUUUGACAAUAUUUGGUGCAAGACGGCUGAAAAUAAUACUCUAUUUUACAGAUACAUAUUCAAGUGUAUUCCGGAUGAUACUAUGCUAACCUGGGAUGCAUACCAAGAGAGUAAGAAAUAUGCUCAGCUUUUUAAAGAAGAACAAAAACACUGGCGUGAACAAGAAAAUUCUACAGAAAAAGAUGAAAUGGAAAAAGGAAGUUCAGAAUUUCAGUCAGGUGUAUCUUCAGAAAACGGUAGUUUCGAGGAAGAGACGAAAAUUAAAAGACAUUUCAGCAAAGGUACCAGAAAACAUUCAAUGAAGAUUCCGGAUAGACGAACAGUAUAUCAAUUUCUACGAGGAAUCCGAGGCCAUUUGGUGGAAUUACCCAUUCAUUGGAUGGCAUCAGAAGAUGCUUCGAAAAACUGGUUGAGUGGUUUUGAUAAGCUUCCACCAUUAGAUAUUUAUGACUAA